AUGGCGGAGCGGCUCAACAAGCCCAGCAAGCACAACAAGCGCAGCAAGUACAACAAGCGCAGGAGCGUUGGCGAUUGCAAGCAGCACGCGCGCUGCGUCAGCGUGGACUUUGGCGUCACCACGCCACACAUCCAAGGCAAGAAGCACAAGAAGCAGCACCAGCAGCACGACCACAGGCCAACACAGCAUGAGCAACGACAGCAAGCAACGUCGUCUGUCACCGAAGAGGUGGAUGGUGCCGCGCUGCCCCGGAAGCGUGCAAAAGGCGCGCUGACAGGAACACCAGCCAAACCAGCAGCUGUGCCAGCAUCGGUACCAGCCGCAGGCACGCAGCGUGACAGGCUGUCUGCCUGUUUCAGUGCUUGUGAGACCUUCUAUUCAACGCUGCCUCGUGAGCGCAGAUGUGUCCACGACUCGCACACGUGCUUGACGCGAGAGCAGAUCAAGACGCUCUCCAAGGACCCUUGGCCCGCAGCAACAGAUCCAGGCACAACACAACAACUGCCGCCACUGAGGUUGCCAGACGCGAGCAGCGACAGGAUGCCCAUGCGCCUCACGACCACCGACCUCGCCAACCGCAUCGUCUGCGUAAUGUCACCGGAAAGGGUGGCCCACGAUGAAAAGCAGCCUGCUGACGGCCAGGCAGAGGCGACCAACACCAAGCUCGAUACGAACUGCGGUGCGUGCUGCUACCGAGCGCAGAUUGACGACAAGGAGAUACUGGUGCCAUCGCCCUGCAGGUUCCUGCUGGCAAACAUCCAACACCUGCGCCCGCACAUGCAGGACCUUGGCGUCUUUGAUCUCAUUGUGAUGGAUCCGCCGUGGCACAACGGCUCUGUUCGCCGCGGGUCCCGAUAUGGUACCAUGGAUUACGACGCCAUCAUGGACAUUCCCAUCCCGUUUCUCAUGUCGCCGCGCUGCCUCCUCGCCCUCUGGAUCACCAACAACGACCGCUGCGCCACAUUCGUCCACGAGAGGUUGCUGCCUCACUGGGGCUUGAAGAAGGUGACGGAGUGGAAAUGGUUAAAGGUGACGACGCAAGGGGAGCCCGUGUUCCCGCUCUCAAGCCGCCACAAGCGCCCAUAUGAGGUGCUCAUCCUCGCCACGAAUGCCCCGGGCGCCUUUGAAACCGCACCAGCAUACGGCAUCGUCCACCAAUGGCAGGCAGCGAUGCGCCAGCAGCAGGACGAGGACAGGAGGGAGCAGCAGCAGGACGAGGAGAAACAGCAGAAAUUGGAGACGAAGGAGAACGAGGGUGAGAAGCAGGAAGGUGAACAGCACCAGCAAGUUGCGAAAUGCUCAAACCACACUGAACACUCACAGCAGGUCAAACAUGCACCACCAGCUGUUGUGCAGCAUGGAGCUGAUGCCCCAAUAGCGCUGCCUGCGGACCUGCGCAUUGCCGGCGUGCCCUCGCUCGUGCACAGCGAAAAGCCGCCCGCAAUUCACCGCUUGCUCGUGUCGUUGCUGACACGCGGCUCGAACACAUCUCCUUUGCGACAGCAGCAGCAGCAGCAGCAGCGGCAGGAGGAGGAUGGUGUGCUUGCAAGCACACCACGACAACGCCCGCGGUGUCUGGAAGUGUUUGCGCGGCGGUUGCACCGGCAUUGGACGAGUGUUGGCAACCAGGUCUUCAAGCUGCAGGACGUGCGCCUGUAUGACGCUUGA